AUGACUAAUGAAUCACCACCAUCUUAUGAUUCUAUAAAGAACAAUAAAGCUUAUAAACCUUCUGAUGAACAGCAAAGACAAAUUGACUUAUUAUCUCAACAUACUCCAGUGACAGAAUUAUCAGCGGUUUCAUCGAAUGCAGAAACUAAAUAUUUUGAUUUAUUACCAAGUUUUCAAAUGUUUCAAAGUAUACUAAGAAGAGAUGAUAGACAAUUUUCAGAAGAUCUAAGAUCAAGACCACCAGGAUAUGAAGAGAACAAUCGUUCUACUAAUAUUUCAAGAAUUGGUUCUAUUGAUGCAAAUUUAAAUGAAGUUAGUUCAAGAUUGAAUGAAAUUAAUUUACAACAAGAAUAUGAGUUGCAAAAUUAUAUAGCUGAUGAUGUUGGUUUAUCUCCGGUAAUGUCUCAAUCACAAGGUGAACCAAAUGUAAAUCAAGAAUCCUAUGGAUUAUCACCUUUGGAUAUUAUUGAUAGUUUGGCAAAGUCGAUUAAUUCACCAAUUGAUAUUCAAAUAUAUGUUACUAAAGAUAUUCCUCAUCUAAAUAUGAAUAAUCAAUUAGAAACUAGACUUAAAGAGAAUACUAAUGGUGAUUUUGUAAAUGGGUAUAUUAUUAUCACUAAUAAAUCGAACAAACCAAUUGAUUUUGGGUUAUUCACGGUUUCAUUAGAAGGUGCUAUUAAACAAAAAAAGUACAAUAAGGUAUUGCUUAAAAAGUAUUUAAAGAUGUAUGAUUUGGCAGCUUCUUAUGGAUAUACUUUGGUUCCAAAUUCAGCCGGUAUAGAAUAUGAACCAUUUGCAACUGAUUUAAGUGAUGAUUGUCAAAUUGGUUUACCAGAUGAUAGAACAUUAUUACCUAAUAAAAAGUAUAAGAAAUUUUUUACUUUUAAAUUUCCAAAUAGAUUAUUAGAUAACAGUUGUACUAGUAAUUUAUUAUCACAUUUAAUUCCACCUCCAAGUAUGGGUGUUGACAGGUCUUGCUUUCAAAAUCGCGGUGAAGCAAUUGAAUUGAAUAAAGCACUAAGUUAUGGAUUCUUAAAUAUUAGAGGUACUCCAUUGUUAACUCGAGAUUACAGUUUUGAUGAUACAUCAAUUUCAUAUACUAUAGAAGCUAAAUUUAUAGACAAGAAAAAUUCAAAAGAACUGGUUAGUCAUGAUGAUAUAAAUAAAGAUGAUUAUAUAAUAUCAAGAUCAAUGCAGUAUUUUUUAAAAUUUGUACCAAAAGAGAUCCAGCAUUCAAAUUUGAAAAUUUAUCAAGAGUUGAAAAAUAGUAUUACUUGGGAUUUAAUAUGUAAACAAAAUGAUAAAAUUGAAAAGGAGAUAAAUGAAAGACUAAACCAGAUUGAAUUAUCAAUCGAUGAGUUAAAGAAUAAGAAUCUACUAAUACAUUCCCAACCUGAAAAUAAGAAAGUUAAUAAAAUAGACAACGAGCCAGGACUAAAAUCAGAUACAUGUGAAAUAUUUGGAAAGAAAAAGCUAUUUUCAUCACAUUCUAAGAUUGGUGAACUGUUUAUGUCAAUACAGAUACCUAAUAAAACUAUUCCAUAUUCAUCACCAAGAUUAUUAAUGAAAUAUAAUGAAGAUUUCAGUUUAUAUUAUAAAGAUCCAGUAGAUUUAAACAUUGAAUUGAAUUUCAUUACAUCCGAAAGUAAUACUAAACCACCAUUAAUCUCGUCAAUAGACAUAAAUUUGAUUUGUUGGUCUUAUAUUGCUGAGUAUCCAGUACCAUUCGAGAUAGGAUAUGAUUUAUUCUACAACAACUACCUAGAUAACAGAGAGGAUACAGUCAGGUCAAAUUUACAAAUAAUCAAAGAUCAAGUAUCUACUUAUAUUGACUUUGUAAAUGAUAGUAAUCUUGAACUAUCAAAAGGUUCAUUAAUGUACUUAAAUUCAAUGAAAAGUCUUGGAAUCAAAAAAGACAACAUACGAGAAUAUUUCAAAAGUACUAGAUUAGAUCCACAUUGGAAAGUACAACUAGAUAAGAAAUUUCAUUGGAAAUCAAAUAUAAAUUCACCAUUAACCAUAAUAAAUAAGAACAAUAUCAAUUUAUUACCUUCAUUUCAAAGUUGUUUAGCUGGAAGAUUAUACUGCUUAGAAGUUAAUGUUAAAUUUAAAGGUAUGGAAGGUAAUGAUAACACUGUAAAAUUAGAUAUACCAAUAACUGUUGGUUAA